GAGAGGAAGGGAGGCCUAACAUGAGAGCAAGAGCCUAGUUUGGUAGCCAAGGAUGACUUGCCUGCUCUACCAGAGAGACCAAUUCUCCAUUGGUGUAACUUCGUUGGAUUGGAAGCUUCUGUUUGGCCAGGCAGUCAUCCAGGCUAAACUGACAGGCUCUUCUUUCUCAUGCCAGGCCUUCUCUUCUUCCAUGAUCAGAACUGGAGAAAUGAGGGUUCUUUGUUGAAGAAAAGCAAUUAGAGAGAAACCAGUUUAUCAAGAAUGUGGGAACUUCAAUCGGAUUGGUACUCCCCUACUCGCCUGAACAGCAACCCCAUUACCCAAUACGACUUUCCGGGAGAUCGGUUUAUACCCAAUAGGAGUUUGAUGGAUCUUGAUCAAGCCCGCAGUUUACUGUCAAACAGGACAACACCAAACCGGAACUCCAAUUUCAAUGAGGUGUACAGGAAGAGCAUAGAGGACAAACUGACUUUGGAUUCAGAAGGGAACCCAUUUAGGAUGUUGGUUUUUAGGGGAAGUCCAAAAUCAAACAGAAAGUCCAUUCGUUGUGUUGAUCUGAUGCGACAGGAUGAGGCAAAGGAAUUGGAUGGUAAUGGUAAACACCAUCAGCCUCGAAGAUUGCCUAAGGGGGAAGCUAGAAUUCUGGAUGCACCAAACAUAAGAAAUGACUUUUACAUGAGCACCAUGGAUUGGGGGAAGAACAAUGUAAUUGCAAUUGCUUUAGGCAAAGAUUUAUUCCUCUGGAACGCAGAGAACCGAGAGGUUCAUAAGCUGUUGCAAGUUGAUGAUCUGAACGAUUUUCCAUCAAGUGUAGCCUGGUCUCAAGAUGCCAAAACUGUAGCAGUUGGAUUUAGGCGUUCAAAACUCCAACUGUGGGAUGCUGAGACUUCUAAGCUUGUUAGAAGCCUAGAAAGCCACAAGGACAGGAUAGCAAGCAUUACCUGGAAUGGCCACACAUUAACAUCCGGCAGCCGCGACAAGUCCAUCAUCAACCAUGAUGUCAGAGCAGGAAGCAAUGUGACUUGCCGUUUACGGACACACACUGAAGAAGUCUGUGGUUUGAAAUGGUCAGGAGAAGGCAAUGUAUUGGCAAGCGGCGGCAAUGAAAAUCUUCUGUACAUAUGGGACUCUUCCAAAAUGAACUCACAGAGAUUCUUGUUUCGUCUUAAAGACCAUCGUGCUGCAGUCAAGGCCCUUGCGUGGUGUCCUUAUCAGUCUGAAGUGCUAGCCUCCGGGGGAGGCACGAAAGAUGGGUGUAUUAAGAUAUGGAACACGAAAAAGGGAACCUGCAUCAAAAGCAUUGCUACUGAAUCUCAGGUUUGUGGACUGGAGUGGAACAGGCAUCACAAGGAGAUAAUGAGUGGCCAUGGCUAUAGUGCAAGCGAGCUCAUCAAGAAUCAGCUAUGCCUUUGGAGGUAUCCCUCCAUGGAUAAAGUUGGAAGCUUGAAUCGCUACACAUCCAGAGUCCUUCAUCUUUCUCAGAGCCCUGAUGGGUUAACUGUGGUAUCAGCUGUAGCAGAUGGCUCUCUUCGAUUUUUGGAGGUCUUUGGACCACCAAGCAUUGACAAAUCAAGGAUCUCCCCUCUGGAUGGUCUAUUGUCUCUUAAGAUUUCUCCCAUAAGAUGAUAUGAAUACAAGAUGUAGUUUAGGGUAUAGAGAAAACCAAAUGUAGAUGAUCAACUUUAUAUUUUGUAGAAAACCACAGAGAUAUACAUGCUCCCCUAAGAUCCUAAAUUCUAUCUACUCGGGUGCAAUACAAUUUAGUACAUGCUGCCUAAACUCGAAUGACCUCUGUAUGUAUCACAUUUACUGC